AUGGCCAUAAAAACGGAUAUGAGUAAAGCAUAUGAUAUGAUGGAAUGGUCAUUUAUUGAGGCUGUCAUGCGGAAGAUGGGUUUUUCAGAGAUAUGGAUUGGCUGGAUUAUGAGGUGUAUCACCUCGGUCAAGUACAAAAGGAUUCCUGCAAAUGAUCGACAGCUGAUUAAAGACACACUUGGUAUCCAAAACGAAGGGGGAAUGGGAUCCUACUUAGGAAUUCCAGAGGAUAUCAGUGGAUCCAAGUGUAAGCUAUUUGCGUUCUUAAAAGACAAACUAUUACACAGAGUGAAUGGAUGGACAGGUAGAUGGCUAUCAAAAGGUGGAAAAGAAAGUUCAAAUCCACCAAAGCGUGGGAUCCACUGGGCUAAAUGGGAGAAGAUGUGUGCCCCUAGAGAGGAAGGAGCUUUGGCGUCUUGUACAAUUCCCAGCCUCACUAGUGGCGAGAGUUCUCCGGGGAAGAUACUAUCGAUUGAGUUCGCCCUUGCGAAUCGGAUAGCCCAUCCAAGACCGGCGCGCCCCAGAGCUCUAGUAGUAAAUCCAAAGAUGACAAUCAGUAAUCUUAUUGAUUUUGAAACAAAGGAGUGGGAUACUCGAGUACUGGAACAAUAUAUAGACCAAGAGGACAUACCAAUGAUUCAGAGUCUGGCCAUAAGCCCUACUCAUCGACGCGAUACCUUCUGCUGGAGCUACACCAAAAAUGGACAAUAUACUGUCAAAUCAGGAUAUUGGGUAGCUACAAAUAUACUGACAGAUGUUGAGGAAAAAGAAGUUGUUGAGCCCAGCAUAACCAAACUUCAAGCCUUUGCUUGGAAAGUCAAUGCACCACAAAAGAUUUGUCAUCUUAUAUGUCAACUAAUUUCAGGGCAGGUAGUUGUCACAAGGAAUCUGGUACGUCGCAAUAUGCGAUGUGAUAACUACUGCCCAAGAUGUGGAGAGGCUGAAGAGACGGCUACUCAUGCGAUCUUUGAAUGCCCACCGGCAGUACAACCAUGGGCACUGUCAUCAACACCGUCAAGCUCUCAGACAUUCCCUACUUCGAGUAUCUACACCAACAUGGAUUAUCUCUUUUGGAGGAAGAAUAUUAUUAUGGAACCAGAAAAUGACAGAGACCCAUAUCCUUGGAUAAUUUGGUAUAUCUGGAAAGCGAGGAAUGACAAGUUGUUCAGAGGUAUAGAUAGGGACUCCUUGGAGUUAGUCAGAUAUGCAGAGAGUGAGUGCCAUGCAUGGUACAAUGCAAAUGACUCUAUACCUGCUCCUCCACAGCCACAAAUGGUUGAAGACACACAAGCCUUAAGCUUGGAGAAUAUCUGUAUGGUGGAUGGUUCAUGGACAUCUACGGAUCAAUACAGUGGAAUUGGAUGGGUGUGGAAGGAUGACAGAGGGAAGAUCCAACUAAUGGGGACAAGGAAUUUAAGGAGGCGUGAGACGUCACUACACUCUGAACUGGAAGCAUUAAGAUGGGCAAUGGAGAGCAUGCUACAGCACUCGACAUGUCAGAGAUUUGGGACGGAGUGCAAGGACCACUAG